CGUACAUACACACACACACACACACACACCCUCACACACACACACGCAUACACGAAGCUUACAUAAAAUCUAAGGAAAAAUCGAUGCGAGUGCAUUUAAAAUUCAACAAAGAAAAUCUGAAGUAGUUUACUUUACGCAUAAAAGUCAACAAAAAGGAGAACUCAUUAAUUAGUCCAGUGAAAAAAAGAAAAACGAUGACUAAUCAGUGACGCGAGCAUCGCUUACACAAUAUCUCCAUACUCGAUAUACAGAGAUACUUCCAUACAAGUAUUAAGGUGUACGAAUUUGAAAUUUGGUUGUCAUUUCUAAUUGUUCGAAUUGGAAAUCAGUGAACACAAAAUGGUCACUGAAAAUGGAGCUCAGGGCGAUGGCAAUACUUCCUUCCUGCGAGCAGCACGCGCUGGCAAUCUGGAGCGUGUGCUGGAACAUUUGAAAAACAACAUUGACAUUAACACCAGCAAUGCAAACGGUUUGAAUGCUCUGCAUUUGGCUUCCAAGGAUGGACACAUACACGUCGUCUCGGAGCUGCUGCGCAGAGGAGCGAUUGUCGACAGCGCCACCAAGAAGGGUAAUACGGCACUGCAUAUUGCCUCGCUGGCUGGACAGGAGGAGGUGGUGAAGCUACUGCUGGAGCACAAUGCCUCCGUCAAUGUGCAGUCUCAAAAUGGCUUUACGCCUCUUUAUAUGGCCGCCCAGGAGAAUCAUGAUGCUGUGGUGCGCCUACUCUUGUCGAACGGAGCCAACCAGAGUCUGGCCACCGAGGAUGGUUUCACUCCGCUGGCUGUGGCCAUGCAGCAGGGACACGACAAGGUUGUCGCCGUGCUCCUCGAGAGCGAUACGCGUGGCAAGGUGCGUCUGCCUGCCCUGCACAUAGCUGCCAAGAAGGAUGAUGUGAAAGCAGCCACCCUACUACUGGACAACGACCACAAUCCGGAUGUGACCUCCAAGUCGGGUUUUACUCCACUUCACAUUGCCUCGCAUUAUGGCAACCAGAACAUUGCCAAUCUGCUUAUCCAAAAGGGCGCCGAUGUCAACUACUCGGCCAAGCACAAUAUCAGUCCGCUGCAUGUCGCCGCCAAGUGGGGUAAGACCAACAUGGUCUCGCUCCUGCUCGAAAAGGGUGGCAACAUUGAGGCAAAGACCCGCGAUGGCCUCACACCACUCCACUGUGCCGCCCGCUCCGGCCACGAGCAAGUCGUUGACAUGUUGCUGGAGCGUGGAGCACCCAUUAGCGCCAAGACCAAGAACGGUUUAGCUCCACUUCAUAUGGCUGCCCAGGGUGAGCAUGUGGAUGCGGCGCGCAUCCUACUGUACCAUCGUGCACCCGUCGACGAGGUGACCGUCGAUUACCUGACGGCUCUGCAUGUGGCCGCCCACUGCGGACAUGUGCGUGUGGCGAAGCUACUCCUCGAUCGCAAUGCCGAUGCGAAUGCACGUGCUCUAAAUGGGUUCACGCCACUGCACAUUGCGUGCAAGAAGAACCGCUUGAAGGUCGUUGAGCUGCUGCUCCGACAUGGCGCCAGCAUCAGCGCCACCACAGAGAGUGGCCUGACUCCGCUGCAUGUGGCCGCCUUCAUGGGUUGCAUGAAUAUCGUCAUUUAUUUGCUGCAACACGACGCCAGUCCAGAUGUGCCCACUGUGCGUGGAGAGACGCCAUUACAUUUGGCUGCACGUGCUAACCAGACGGACAUCAUUCGCAUUCUCUUGCGCAAUGGCGCCCAGGUGGAUGCACGUGCUCGAGAGCAGCAAACGCCACUGCACAUUGCCUCGCGACUGGGCAAUGUGGAUAUUGUGAUGCUGCUGCUGCAGCAUGGUGCACAGGUGGAUGCAACGACAAAGGAUAUGUAUACCGCACUGCAUAUCGCAGCCAAGGAGGGUCAGGAUGAGGUUGCUGCUGUGCUGAUCGAGAAUGGGGCCGCUUUGGAUGCGGCCACCAAGAAGGGAUUCACGCCAUUGCAUCUGACGGCCAAGUAUGGGCACAUUAAGGUCGCCCAGUUGCUGCUGCAGAAGGAGGCGGAUGUGGAUGCGCAGGGCAAGAAUGGUGUGACACCGUUGCAUGUGGCGUGCCACUACAACAAUCAGCAGGUGGCACUGCUUCUGUUAGAGAAGGGCGCCAGUCCACAUGCUACGGCCAAGAAUGGACACACUCCGCUGCACAUUGCGGCCAGGAAGAACCAGAUGGACAUUGCCACAACGCUGCUGGAGUAUGGUGCUCAGGCGAACGCCGAGAGCAAGGCCGGAUUUACGCCGUUGCAUCUGAGCAGCCAGGAGGGGCAUGCGGAGAUCUCCAAUCUGUUGAUCGAACACAAGGCGGCCGUCAAUCAUCCGGCCAAGAACGGUCUAACCCCAAUGCACUUGUGCGCUCAGGAGGAUAAUGUUAAUGUGGCCGAGAUUCUCCAACGCAAUGGCGCCAAUAUCGAUAUGGCCACCAAGGCAGGAUAUACACCAUUGCAUGUCGCCGCCCAUUUCGGACAGGCGAAUAUGGUACGUUUCCUGCUGCAAAAUGGAGCCAAUAUUGAUAUGGCCACAAAGGCGGGCUAUACGCCACUGCAUCAGACCGCCCAGCAGGGACACUGUCACAUUGUCAACUUGCUGCUGGAGCACAAAGCGAAUGCCAAUGCUCAGACAGUUAAUGGCCAGACGCCAUUGCAUAUUGCUCGCAAACUGGGCUAUAUUAGUGUCCUCGACUCACUCAAAUCGAUUACCAAGGAGGAUGAGGCAGCCGCUGCAGCAGCGGCACAGAGCGAGGAAAAGUAUCGUGUCGUUGCGCCAGAGGCCAUGCACGAAUCCUUCAUGUCCGACUCCGAGGAAGAGGGUGGCGAAGACAAUAUGCUAUCCGAUCAACCUUAUCGCUAUCUGACCGUUGAUGAAAUGAAAUCCCUAGGCGAUGACUCGCUACCGAUCGAUGUGACCCGCGACGAGCGCAUGGACUCCAAUCGCAUGACCCAGAGUGGCGAAUAUGCCAGCGGAGUACCGCCCACCAUUGGUGAGGAGAUGAUCAGUCCGCACAAGGCACAGGUAUAUGGCAACUCGCCCAAGGCAACCGUCGACGGUGUCUACAUUGCCAAUGGAGCUAGCGGCGAUGAGCCACCUCAUGUGGGUCGCAAGCUGAGCUGGAAGAGCUUCCUGGUCUCGUUCCUGGUGGAUGCACGCGGCGGUGCGAUGCGUGGCUGUCGCCACAGUGGCGUCCGUAUGAUCAUACCGUCACGUUCCACCUGCCAGCCGACGCGGGUGACCUGCCGCUAUGUGAAGCCGCAGCGCACCAUGCAUCCACCGCAGUUGAUGGAGGGUGAGGCCCUGGCCAGCCGUGUGUUGGAGCUGGGACCAUGCUCGACCAAGUUCAUUGGGCCCGUGAUCAUGGAGGUGCCACAUUUCGCAUCGCUGCGUGGCAAGGAGCGUGAGAUCAUCAUUCUACGCUCCGAUAAUGGCGAAACAUGGCGCGAGCACACAAUAGACAACUCCGAGGAAGUCAUUCACGAUGUCAUGCAACAGUGCUUCGAACCGGAGGAGAUCGCCCAGUUGGAGGAGCAGGCUGGCAAUCAUGUGUGCCGCUUUGUCACCUAUGAUUUCCCACAGUACUUUGCUGUUGUGUCGCGCAUCCGUCAGGAGGUGCAUGCGAUUGGUCCCGAGGGUGGCAUGGUGUCCAGCACUGUUGUGCCGCAGGUUCAGGCCGUCUUCCCGCAGGGCGCACUGACCAAGAAAAUCAAAGUUGGCUUACAGGCUCAACCGGUCGAUCCGGAUCUAACUGCUAAGCUACUGGGUCGCGGCGUUGCCGUCUCACCGAUUGUAACGGUUGAGCCGCGCCGCCGCAAGUUCCAUAAGGCCAUCACACUGAGUAUGCCCGCCCCGAAGGCGCACAGCCAGGGUAUGAUUAAUCAGUACUCGGGCAAUACGCCCACUUUGCGUCUGCUGUGUUCGAUAACAGGUGUGUUUCGGAAAAGGUCUCUAAAAGGCGGACCAUCCCGAGCCCAAUGGGAGGACGUUACCGGAUCGACACCGUUGACAUUUGUCAACGACUGCGUCUCAUUUACGACCACAGUUUCCGCCCGCUUCUGGCUCAUGGAUUGCCGCAACAUUUCCGAUGCAACAAAAAUGGCAACAGAGCUCUACAAGGAGGUCAUUCACGUGCCCUUCAUAGCCAGAUUUGUGGUGUUCGCCAAGAAAAUAGAGCCGUUCGAGGCACGCCUUCGUGUCUUCUGCAUGACCGAUGAUCGCGAGGAUAAGACGCUUGAGAAACACGAACUGUACACGGAGGUGGCCAAGAGUCGCGACGUGGAGGUGCUCGAGGGCAAGCCGCAGUACAUUGAAAUGGCCGGCAAUCUGGUGCCGGUGACCAAAUCGGGCGAUCAGUUACAAUUGCAGUUCAAAGCCUUCCGUGAGAAUCGCCUGCCCUUCACGGUUCGGGUGAAGGAUCAGCAUGCGGAUAUCGUUGGUCGUACGCUGUUCAUGAAGGAACCCAAAGUUGCGAAGGGUGAACCACCCCAGCAACCUAUCUGCAUACUAAAUAUUGUACUGCCGGAAGCGGUCAUACCCGAUUCGACCACAGCGUUCUCGGAACGCGUCUCAUCUGCCUAUCGCACCUCGAUGUUCAGCCUAAGCAAACAUCAAAACGAUCACUAUAUUGGUGAUAUACGCAUUGUAGAUCUGUCCAAUUUGUUGGGCAAAGACUGGAUACAACUGGCACCGGAAAUAGGCAUAACGACGGAUGAGAUCGACGAUAUUAUUAAUCACAAUACCGACAGUAUUGCGCGGCAGGCGCAGAGCAUGAUUCGUUUGUACAAAGACAAGCCCAACUACGAUAUCCUGGCACUGGAAACAGCGCUAAAGAAUAUUGGACGCGACGAUAUUAUGAAGAAGUGCAAGAGUGGACGACUAUCGCAUUCACGCGAGUUUGACGAGGCCGAUCUCAUGAAGAACUCAGAAUCCGUAGAGGAGUUGGUUCGCAGAGAAAGCAAGCGAAUCCAGCAAAUUAACGAACGCGAAGAAGUGAAAUACUCUGCCGAGGAGAAGGAAGUCGAAGAGUCGGAGUCCGAUGAGGAACCUGCUAAACGAACCGUUGCCGAACGCCGGGAAAAAAUAGUUAAACGUCUUUCGGUGGAACGCUCCAUACCGGCCUCAACCCAAAAGAAAGAGAUCACAAAAGAGAUAACUGAAAUCAAGCGCAAGAGUUUGAUUGAGGACAAGAAGGCACAUCAUGAAUCCGAAAUCAUGAUGCAGCUACCCGCAGAUAAUGUCAUCAUCAAAACAGCCACCGUGCCCGAGCAGGUCAUCAAGAUGAAGAUGGGCAAAAUGGACUCGACCGAAGUGAGCAAGACCGAGUUCGAUAGGGAGUUAACACAUAAGCUGAAAACGUCCGGUCGCAGCUCUGAGGAGGAAGAUUUGCCCUCGCCGGACAAAAUUGAUAAGAUUGUGCAGGAUAUCAGCACCGCUGAGAAGACAGAAAAGAAGGACCUGGCGACCACCAGCAGUGGCCGAGUGGUUACCAUAACUCGUCAGGAAGCACGAGAUAUGACCGAAGACUUCUUGGAAUUCGAGAAACGAAGCCAGCUCCCAGCUGUCGAGACAACUGUAACAAUUCAUGAGAAGUUCGUGGAGGAGAUCAAGGAGAAGACCAGUCCAGUGGCAACGAUGCCCCAGGAAGCAAUUAGGGAAGUCGAACAGGUUAUCAGUGAGGUAACCGACACUGCCAGUAAGAAGGUGGAAAAUAUCAUAAGUUCCUUCGAGACGGGCAAACAGGAGAUCAAGGAGAAGAGCACAGUGUUAUCCAGUGAGAUUGCCACUGAAACAACGAAGAUCAGCGAGACCAUAAAGCAUCUGCAGGAUGUCCAGUCAAUGCCCACGGAACAGAUAACAAAGACUGUGCAAAUUGUCGAAAGCACAAAAAUUGAUGAAAAAAUUGCUGAUUUCGAGGCCAAGAAGGUUAAAUACGAUUUCCAUGGUGGCGAGCCAAAGACACAUAUACCGAAACUUGUAAGGAAACCAAGUGAGGAACUGAUCAAAUUGGCAAGGAAACCCAGUGAGGAACAAAUCAAACUGGCAAGAAAACCCAGUGAGGAACAGAUCAAACCAACAGCGGCUCCACGUGCCACAGCGGAAACUGAGUUCGACAAGCCAGUGGAAGCUAAGCAGGACAAGCCUCUGUCCAAGAUUCCAGUGAAGACUGGUGAGGCCGCCAAGAUUCCUGAAGUAGAUGCACGAAAGCUAACUCAAGAUUUCCUGCAAGCAGAGCAGAAGAAUCAAUUGGUGUCCCAGCUCAUAGCCGAGCCAAAAGCAGCCCCAGUUGCUGAGCCCAAAACAACUCCAGCUGCAAGCAAAAUACCUAAAGUAGAACCCAGGAAAUCCGUGGAAAAGUUAGUCGAAAGAGAGACGAAAGUCUUUGACGACAUUGUAUCAUCUACCACUACCAUUAUGACUUCUGGAAUGGGCAGCGAACUACCCAAACAACAACCGGAAAUUGCAGCCAAGGCCGAAACUUUGACUGAAAAAGUCACCGAACUUAUUGAAACUUUCCAUAAAAUCGAGGACAAAGUAACCAAAACUGACAAGCCUGCAGAAAUAGCUAGCAAAUUGGGAGAGUUCGGUGGUAAAGUUGAAGAAUCUUUGAUUACGAUUCAGCAAGAAAUGCCCAAAUUAUCGCCCAGCAAGGAAGAUAAAGUGGCAGAGAAGGUUGCCGAGGUUGUCGACACACUCCACAAGAUUGAGGAGAAAAUUGUUCUUGAUGCUCGCAAGCAUACUCAUGAUUUUCUCAGCAUGGAACAGCAAACUCAACUGCCCAGUCUACCCACUGCUCCUGAGAAGAUGCUCCUCUCUAGUCAAACAUCCACAACUUCCGAGCCGGAAUCCGUGAUCUCUGUGAAGCCAGCGCCAACCUUAAUGUCCGCCAGCAAGGAAGAUAAAGUGGCAGAGAAGGUUGCCGAGGUUGUCGACACACUCCACAAGAUUGAGGAGAAAAUUGUUCUUGAUGCUCGCAAGCAUACUCAUGAUUUUCUCAGCAUGGAACAGCAAACUCAACUGCCCAGCCUACCCACUGCUCCUGAGAAGUUGUCCAGCCAGACAUCCACAACUUCCGAGCCGGAAUCCGUGAUCUCUGUGAAGCCAGCGCCAACCUUAAUGUCCGCCAGCAAGGAAGAUAAAGUGGCAGAGAAGGUUGCCGAGGUUGUCGACACACUCCACAAGAUUGAGGAGAAAAUUGUUCUUGAUGCUCGCAAGCAUACUCAUGAUUUUCUCAGCAUGGAACAGCAAACUCAACUGCCCAGUCUACCCACUGCUCCUGAGAAGAUGCUCCUCUCUAGUCAAACAUCCACAACUACCGAGCUGGAAUCCGUAAUCUCUGCGAAGCCAGCGCCAACCUUAAUGUCCGCCAGCAAGGAAGAUAAAGUGGCCGAGAAGGUGGCCGAGGUUGUCGACACAUUCCACAAGAUUGAAGAGAAAAUUGUUCUUGAUGCUCGCAAGCAUACUCAUGAUUUUCUCAACAUGGAACAGCAAACUCAAUUGCCAAGCCUACCCACUGCUCCUGAGAAGAUGCUCCUCUCUAGUCAGACAUCAAUAGCUUCCGAGCCGGAAUCUGAGAUCUCUGUGAAGCCAGCACCGCCUAGCAAAAUACCAGUAGUGGAAACCAGAAAGACACAAGUCGAGGAAAUCUCAAAAACAGCUGAGAAGACAACACAGCCGAAAGAGGAAUCCUUCAAUGAACGUCAGCUGACAUUUGACUUCCUUAAUAUGGAACAACAAACUCAGCUGCCGUCUCAGCCGCAAAAGAGCGUAAUUAAUGAAUUACUUGCCGCAACAGCACGCGUUGAAUCGACCAUAUUGCCAGAAAUCCUGCAGCCAAAACUAGCUACCGUAGAGCCUACCGUUAUCGGUAAGAUUGAAACUACCACUUACAUGGCGCCAAAAGCAACAAUACUGGAGCCAGAGGCAAAAAUCGCCACCAUUGGAGAUGGCAUUGAGUCCGCGGCACCCAUUGGUGAAGUUUCACCAUUUACCACACGCAAAUUGACUGCUGAUUUCCUUGCCAUGGAGCAAGAAACUCAGCUGCCCAUCUCAGCUAAGAAGAUCAGCGAAUUCGAAAGCGAUACUUUUGGCAAGCGAUCCACUGUGCCAGUGACCGAUAUCAUCAUCGAUGAGGGUCUCUGUCCACCACUGCCCAUUGAGCCACGCAAAUCGCUUACCGAUGCCGAAUUCUGCAAAUAUGUGGGUGACACGAUUACCAAAAAGAUGAGCGAGGGUUUAAUUGAAAUGACUGAUGAACUCAUACAAAUCGCGAGUGACAUUCCACACUCCCAAACUCCACCACCCACACCAAGUGAUGCAAAAACUGAGAAGCAGAAUGAGCAGAGCAACAUUGGCAGCCUAGAGCAUGAUUAUCUUGCCGACACUGUAACGACAUUGCAUUCAACCACAGAGUCGACGUUUGAGCGCGUUGCUGCCAUUUCGACAGUUGAGGGCCUUACAAAAACAACAACAACAUUUGGCCCAAUCAUUCUGCAUACAGAGCAAAUAUCACAAGAAAUUGGUGAUGUUGGUGAAGUUGGUGAAGGUGAUGAAGGCGAAGAUCUUGUGGCACGCAUUCGCGAGGAAGCCAAAAUUCUAGUUGAACACGUGCUCGAAGAGAGCGUUGAUUACAUUGAAAGCCAGGGGGAUCAGCCCAAUGGCCAUGAUUCCAUAAGGCUUGAAUACAAUUCAGAGAGUGAAAACUAUGCUAUAACAUGCGAUGAUAUUGUCGGCGUUGAUGUCAUCAAAUCGCCAACCAUUGAGUCCAUGUCCGGCAAAUCUUUCGAUGAUAAUAUGAGUUUCACCGACGAAAACAUUAAUUUACCCUUGCAUGCCCAAAACAUAACAACAACCAUAACAACAACAACAACAACUGGUACUGGUACUGGUACAGUAACCACGCAGUUCCAACAACAGCAAUCGUCUGCAACAACAACAAAAGUGCCUAGUGAAGAUCCCGAUGAUCAAUUGGAUGUGCGUACUAGACGCAUCGCGUAUAAGAUCGAAAAGCUAUCCGAUGAUUUAGAGGAUGUGAGCGAACGAUUCGAUGAGGCAUUCCAAACGGUCGUCCAAGAGGAUGAGAUAAGUGCCCUGCAGGGUGAAUAUUCGAAGCUCAGUUGGGACGAUAGUGUUUCGCCCACUACAAACACAAUGGCCGAUAUGGCACAGACUCAAUUAACGCCUGAUACUGAUAUGCAAGAGUUGAACACAGAAACAGGCGGCGAUUUACCAAUCUCAGCUGAUACCACCCCCAUACCACCGUCAACUGUUGUAACAGCAACAACAACUACAACAACAGCCGCAGUUACUUCAGCUGAAACGCUGGUUGAAACCGAUACAUUCACGACCAUGACCACGACCACCAGUCACGACACACCCACACCAAAACCGCGCGUACUCAAAGCAAGUCCCCCCGACUCCAUCUCAGAUGGCACCGAUAGCACCACCACCAUUCCAAAUCAAGUGCAACCAUCCGACUUACCGAUCGAUAUAGGUUUUGAUGCCGGCACACCAGUUCCGAAACCACGUGCUCCCAUCAAGCACUCAGAUCAAUUCGAGAAUCUGGCUGCAUUGGGUGAGCAAUCGGAUAGCAUUAGUCUGCGUAGUUUAGAUUUUACGGAGGAACUCUCCAAAACAGAUGAGCCCUCCACAGAGUUGUCGAUUCGGUCUCAGCUACGGGAUAUAGUCACAACGACAACAACCACAACAACUGCCUCGGAGGAUCACACGGAGAGCUUCGAGCCAACAAGCGAGAUUUCAGUGGACGAUGUUGACACUGAAAAAUCGGAAGGUGCCGAGAAGACAACUAGCUUUUACAUUGGCGAAUCGAGUCGGAAUGUGAUUACCAAAACUUCAACGAGAUCUCCAAGUAUGACCCCGCAGGAUGAACAGGCUGCAACCGAUAUGAAUAUUGAGGCCAAGGACAUAAGUAUGAUGAAGGAGAUAUCCGUUGACUCGGAUGAAGCAAAUGACGCAUUCAAAGAGUAUGUUACCAUGAAACCCGAUGAUCCCAUCGCCAUGGAUAGCAAAAUAGUCAGGCAAAGUUCAGAGACCAGAAAUGAUAUAUUGGAAUUUGAAAAUGCCGACAAAGAUAAAUCUGGGGAUGCCAAGCUCUCUAAAGUAACCACCGAGGAGAGCCUGACAACUUCAACUGGGUCAAGUGGUCGUGCCAUUAUCGAGGUAGCACCUUCAAGUAGUGAAGAUCCCGAUGAAUCCAGCAAAGAAAUUCCGGAGAUAGUCAAUACAGUCGCUGAAAAGACAGACAAAUUCGAGCUGCCCCUAGAGAAAAGCGAAUGGGAAAUAUCUGAAAAGGAAAUUCCCACUGAGAGUAAACCAAAAGUGGUGCACUCGCCACAACAACCACAGUCAUCCACAGAGAAAAAUGUCAUUGACGAGCUGCUGGUAAGUCAGCCAAUUGCAGAGAUCCAAGAAUCCGGGGAGUUAGUCAGAAAAGAAUUUGAGCUUAGCAGUGUGGCUCAAGACUUCACUACUGAAGGUGGGCAUGAGGAUGUGUCAUCGUUCAUAGGCAUACCCGAGAUGCAAGCUUCCACAAUAGAUAGCACCCAGCCACCGGACGGUCUCUUCGAUACCACAAUCAAGGAGACAUUAAACAAACAAGCAGCUAUGGCUCAUUAUGCCAAAGAUGUGUUCAGCCAAGUGGAACGGCGUGAUGAUCAUGGAUCUCUCGGAUUUGUCUCAACAGGCACCGCAGAAGAUUUUAGCUCAAUGGAGGAACACUUGGCAAAAGAAGAACAAGGCUCCCUUGGAUUUAUAUCCACUGAAACUGCGGAAGACUUUAGUUCCAUGGAGGACUAUUAUACAGAGAAACUAGCGACUGCUUCUGUAGUCGCUGAAGGAAGUAUUGCAGCAGAUAAAUCGACGGCCAGUGCUUUUGAAGAGGCCAUUUCAGAUCAGAGUAUUAAAGCCGUGGAUUUGGUAGUUCAUCGCAUUAAAAGUGAUUCAUCGCCAGAAUCCGCCAACCGCUGGUCCAUUCCAGACGUUGACAACUCCAGUUCCAGCGAGAGCUAUCCGAAAAGCUUUGAUAAAACCCAGAGUCGUCCACUUUCAUCGGAUGUGGAAAACUUGCUCACCGGCACUGGCACUUCCAGCGAAUACCAAACCGCCAGAGACUUCACAUCCACCUGUCGGGAUGGCACCGAAUAUGUGAGUGCAGUAAGUACUCUGGGCAGCAGCAGUGGCAAGUCGAUUAGCUCCCACGAGAGCAUGCGUAGCUUGGACUCCCAGUCGGAAACAUCAGCGAAUCUAAUAAGCAUUGAUGUCUCCGAAUUGUCCGAGACUCUGGUAGCAUCAUCGACAGAAGCUGAUGCCCUGGAGGCGGAGGAAAUGGCACGACUCCAAGAAUUGCGCACUGAUGACGAUGAUGAUAGCGAUGAGAGCCUGGAUAUGAUAGCUUCGUCGUAUCCCACCCCUGCCGAGCAGCAAAGCUCAAUGAAGCGUUCGCAGGAGAUGAUUUUCAAACCCAAAUCAGAAUUGCAAUCAGAUGAAACCGAGCAGAUUGAGGAAUAUUCCAAGCCGAAGGAAAUCGAACGUACUUGGGGUCUAGCAUAUCCCAUUGAGGAAAAGGAGGGCAAAGUUGAUAGUCCACGGGAUAGCGAAAGGGGUGAAGACAUCCUGCUUUAUCACGGCGAUGCAAGACGUUCGAUUGAUGAAUCAAAACUAGCCUCAAGCUUGGAUGAGGGCAGUAUACUCUCAGUUAGCAUGUCGAGUACAUCGAAUAUCGAUACGGUUGUGGAGAACUUUGACGAUAUAGUCGGCUCUGCCGGUUCAUCAUCGUUGACGGGCAUUGAAGGUUUUCAGUAUGCUCACGAUGAGCAAAUCGCAUCCGCUUCCAUGCCCGAGGACACAACAUUUGUCUUGGAGAUGGAAAGCAAGGAUCAGUCACCACAGGACUCAAAUGCCAGUACACCGCCUGGUGGUGAAUCGAAGAGACGCGGCCAUAAACGCAGUGAAAGUACCACAAUUUCUGGCGAUGCGUUGAAAAACUUGGAUAAAGAAGCCUCAUCACCCGGCGAGGGCAAGGAAUCGGAAAGCGAAUCCGAUACAGAUCCCUAUGAAUCUGAAUAUGCACGGCAGUUCCGCUCGCCAAAAGAACGCAAGAGCAAGAAAAAGAAGCAAGCCGCCGCUGAAAUGGAUCACAGCUCCGAGCUAGAGAAACGCCCAUUUACACCAUCCCAACUUGUGGCCGAGAUCAUUGUGGAGGAUGACACCGAAGAGCAGGAGGCCGAAGCAGCUAUGAUUGAAGAACGACGUCCAUCUCAAAAUAUGCAAAACUAUUCAAAUAUACCCGACAUUAUGGUAACCGAGGAUGUGAAGUCGCCCAUUUUGGAAGAGGGCGCCGAUGAAUUCCCCGAGAAGUCGCUCUACAAAGCGCGCACCGAAGAGGAACUAAACAAGGCAACGGAUGUGGAUGUGUAUCAGAAGGCCAAGGCUGAGGAAAAGGAGCUGGACUUCCAGAGACGUGUCCAGGAGCAGUACAAACAGAAAUUGGAGGAGCUCAAACGUGCUGAAGUUGGCGCCGAUUACGAGGAUAGUCGCGCAGCCGAUUCACCGGACUCCUUUGAAAUGGUCGAACAACCCGAUAUAUCCGAUGAAUUUGUCAUCAUCGAAGAGGUAGCCAAAGAAGCCAAUGAAGUGGAUCUGGGUGGCAAGAGCAUAAAGAUAAAUCCCAUUAAAUUAGAACAAAAACACGAUCAAGAUGUUGAAAAGAUCAUUAUCAAAUCAGCACCAGCUGAUCCCAAACUCGGCUCACAACUGUACAAGGAUGACCUCAACUUUGAGUUCGAGGAGAGUCCGCCAACGGGAGCCAGCAGUAGCAGCGAUCAGCCCGAGGAGAGUGAUUCGAGUGACACAACUGCGGCCAAUAAGCGAUGGGUCGAGAUGCAGCUGACGGAUACCCAGCUGCGUUAUCCCUACGAUUUGACGGGCGCUGUGCUCGAGGACAUCAAGGAGGAGGAUGGUGAAUUUGAGGUGGGCAGCAGUCGAAUUAGCAGUUUCAAGGACUCAUUCUCGAGCACACCAGAAUAUGACUUGGCAGCGCGUCGCUAUCAUUCCCGCGGCGAACACGAUGACGUCUCCAUGAGCAGUCUGCAGGAGUUCGAGUCACUGGAGCAGGCCAUCUCACUAGAGAAUCGAAAUCGCGCCCACCAGGGCUCCACGGACUCGAGCAACGGCAGCUUUACGCGCCGCUAUAUGGUGCGGCACAGUGGAAGCGGUACAGCGCCUGGCGAUGAUGUUUCCAUAUCCAGUUUGAAGGAUUUCGAGGGACUGGAGAGUGCAUGCAUUGAAGCGCAUCUGAUUGAGAUCAAGGCCAAGGAGGAAGCGGCGAUGCUAUCGCGCUCCGAUGAAUCCAAUAAAUCGAAUGGUAGUGAUAACGGUGCUAGCGGAAAUAUGGUGGUCACCAAAGUGACUCGCACUGUAACCCGGACGGAAGUUUUGCCCCCUGUCCAAGCAGAUAAUCUGGAACUUUUGCUCAAGCAACAGCUGGAAAGGGAUGAAUUUGACUCGAAGGCUGUUAGCGGAAGUGUAAAACUUGGCGAUGUGACAGCCACAGAGCUGGAUGCAAAGUCGAAGAUUGACAGUCAGGACUCUGAAAAGGAUAGCAUCGAUAGCAUGGAGAUUAGGAGUCAUGAUAUGAUGACCAGCAGCAUAGAAAGCUUCGAUAUAUCGAAGGAUGCCACGACACGCUCAGACAUUGAUUCGCUGGAGAUUGACAAGCGACAUUCGCGACAGGAGAGUAUCGAAUCCUUUGGCGAUGAGCAGCUUGAUCUAAUGUCCAAGCUGGUCAGCGGCGGUGGAGUGACAUUAGGUGAUGGCUUGACCACAACAACGACGACAACAACCACCAGCACGGAUGCUGAUGGGCAGGAACAUACAGUGAUAACCACGACGACGACUAUCUCCGGUGUCGGCUGCAUUCAAGAUUUGCCCAUGGAUGAGAGUGGCAUGUCAAAGGACAUAUCCGUUGAUUCGCUAAAUCUGUGCAUGGAGCAAACAACAAGCUCCGCUGGCACUACGGCCACGUAUCAGACAAGCGCUGGGAAUUCCCAGAUGUCUGGUAGUGUUACUAGUUGUGCUUCAAGUACGCUCAUGGAGGAUUCAUUUCCUGGUGUGGGUGGUAUGUCGUCCUCACAAAUGUCAGCUAGUUUCUGGUCCCAUGAUGAGUCAACGGUGGUUGAGGAUGAGGAUCUAAGGGAACAACAACCACAACCACAACAACAGCAACAACGCCAGUAAAGAUGAGAAGGAAAGAAUUAAUUUAGAAUGGGGCUUGAACAAUGACUAAAAAUAUUUGGCUAG